AUGUUCAAAAAGUUUGACGACAAAGAGGAUGUGACGGGGGCAACGCAGCUGAAAUCCAGCGUGCAGGUAUUGAAUUCCCAAAGGGAACUCGGUGAAUCAUUGUCACAAUUACAGAAAUCGAUUCGGAAGAAGUUGAUCGAGAACUACCCGUAUCUGGAGCCGCACCUCGAGGAAAUUCUACCGAAGAAGGAGAAUUUCAAGGUGAUCAAGUGUAAGGAGCACACCGAAUUGCUCGCCGAUCACACGGGCGUCGUGCGAUUCGUGAAGACUCGCAACACGGAUUACUUCCCGACGCUGCGGACACUUCACAAGUAUCCGUUCAUCCUCCCUCACCAACAGGUCAGCAUUCCCAGAUAAGAUCACGAGCUCGUUCUCCUUCUUCAGGUCGACAAAGGAGCCAUCAAGUUCAUUCUGAACGGCUCGUCGAUCAUGUGCCCGGGACUGACAUCCCCGGGCGCCAAAAUGACUCCGCUCGUGCCGAAGGACACUGUCGUCGCCGUGAUGGCCGAGGGGAAACAGAACGCACUGGCGAUCGGACAGAUGACGAUGUCGAGCGAGGAGAUCGGCACGGUGAACAAGGGCAACGGCAUCGAGAAUCUGCACUAUCUGAACGACGGACUCUGGCAUCUUGCCGAGAAGUCGUUAAAUUGA